GUGUAUCGCUCACCGCGCCACGACUCGCCGUGUCUGGUCCAUCUUGUGAAUCAGGCAGAUGCAGUGUUGUGUGCUGUUAAAGAAGCGGCCCUCCGAGCGUGUGUCCAUGAGUCCUGUGCCUCGUCUCGCCUCCUGCGGCGCGCUGUCGAGGCUGUAAAAGGCUCUCAGCCCCGCAGUCUGAGUGGGAGGGGUGAAAAGAUCUCGCGAGAGCUCCGAGCACGGUCUCAGCUGGCCGUGGCUUUGCAGCAGACGGAGGGAGAAGGCAGGCGAGGCAGGAAGGCACCAUCAUGGCGGACAGAGACAGUGGAAGUGAGCAGGGAGGAGCGGCCACGGGCCCAGGCUUCGGCUCCGUGCACCUAGCGGCAGGAGCGGCGGGCUCGGCUUCCGGGCUCCAGCACGAGACGCAGGAGCUGGCGUCAAAGCGGGUCGACAUCCAGAACAAACGCUUCUAUUUGGACGUUAAGCAGAACGCGAAGGGCCGCUUCUUGAAGAUAGCCGAAGUCGGGGCCGGCGGAAACAAGAGCCGCCUCACACUCUCCAUGUCCGUGGCGGUCGAGUUCCGUGACUAUUUGGGGGACUUCAUCGAGCACUACGCCCAACUAGGACCGAGCAACCCUGGGAUGGUACAGGACGAGCCCAGGCGGGCGCUGAAAAGUGAGUUCCUGGUCCGAGAGAAUCGGAAAUAUUAUAUGGAUCUGAAAGAGAACCAGAGAGGACGAUUUCUACGGAUCCGACAGACCGUUAACCGGGGGCCCGGGUUGGGAUCCACGCAAGGCCAGACGAUCGCUCUGCCCGCACAGGGACUUAUUGAGUUUCGCGACGCUCUGGCUAAACUUAUUGACGAUUACGGCGUAGAAGACGAGCCCGCGGAGCUGCCCGAGGGGUCGUCGUUGACUGUGGACAACAAGCGCUUUUUCUUCGACGUCGGAUCUAAUAAGUACGGCGUGUUUAUGAGGGUGAGCGAGGUGAAGCCCACCUACCGCAACUCUAUCACGGUGCCCUACAAAGUGUGGUCUAAAUUCGGGAAUACUUUCUGUAAAUACUCCGAGGAGAUGAAGAAGAUCCAGGAGAAGCAGCGGGAGAAAAGGGCAUGCGAGAUGCAGCAACAAGAGGAGAUGCAGGCAGACGAUGGAGACGAGGAUUGAUAAUGGAGAAAAACGUGCAGGAGUAAUGAAAAUAACAAGAUAAAUUCAUGUUAAAACUCUACUGUAUAAAGAAAGAAUCUAAAGAUUUUAACUGUAAAGGUUUAUCUCCAAGGGAGCAUCACACUCAGUAUAGGAAACCUCCACAACCUGACAGUUAUGACAUGUUGUCACUCAUCGCUGGAUGUUACCCCCACUUAUCACCAUUAAUACAGUAACAGGCUGCUAAACAAAGUAAUAACAUUAUAUUUGAACAUUGAUUCUUACUUGACAAACAAUAUUGAACGGAGUGUUUAUUUCCCUUAUUAACAGAGAACUUUUGUACCAGUUCAAGCUAUUGUUAAACCAGAAAAGAAAAAAAUAUUUGCAAUGUUCAAAUGGAAAUAGGGGUGGGGGGUCCUUCACAUGUGAGCUAAUGACUUCAGCACAAAAUAGAUACUUUAAUUUUUCAAAAAAAAAAAACUAAGCAAAAUUCCAAAUCUUUGUAAAAGGUUGUCACAUGUACUUGCCAUCCUAUUUACCUUUACCUGUAAGUAGAGAUGUGUUUACACAUAAAGCAUAUACGAGGGCUAGGCCUGCUACGAAAACUGGUUAGAUGUCAUGCAGUAAUAUAAAAAAAGGAAUAUAUAGGCAUUUUCAUGAAAUGAUAUAAGUGCUAUCUUUUUUGUGCAAUAUUCAUUGCAGAUAAAUCGAUUUUUAUGGAACUGUUGUCAACAGCUGUUGACAAGGUUGUUGCUAGAGGCUUUCAAAGAAGUAUAGAUAUUGUAAUUUCUCUUUCUUUUUUUUUUUUUUUUUUUAGCUAAAACUGUUGCCAUGAAGAUGGAUAUAUUAUAGGCUACCAUUCUAUGUCGUCGUUGAUGCAAUGUGUUAAUUUGAAAAGGUACUAUAAGUGUUUUUGAUAGAGGUAAUGCAGUGACAACAUGUAGCAAUUUGCCCCAUUUGCAAAUGAUUUAGUAAGACUCACGCCCUUACACACGAGCUGUGUUAAUUGGCCCCGUUUAAAUGCAGAGAAGCAUUGAGUGAAAGCAGAGAUGCACCAAUCACGAUUUACAGCAUUCUUUGAAAUCCGACCAGCUCAUUUUUUUUGGUUUGCCCUUUAGGCCAUAAUAAUAAAGUAGUAUAAAAGUGCUGCAGUUUAUGAGCUCGUAGUUUUCAUCAGACGUUGAAGGUAUUACACGUUUUAUUUAAUUUUUUUGUACGUUCCCAAAUUAUUAUUUAAAUCAACGUAAAUGCAGUUUGUUAAUACGUUUAUUGCCAAAAAUGGUGAGAGCUCUUAAUUUUGAUGCAUGUAAUGAAUAGAAAAGGUGUUUAUUUUAUGACUUGCUGAUAAGCAGUCAGCUGAUCGAGGCAAAUUCGGCCGAUUCCGAUCGAUUGUUUGGUGCGUCUCUAGACUAAACAGAAGCUUUUGUCGUCCUGUUUCGUCAUAACAGUGGAGAUGCAUGAAUCAGGCUUUUCUUGGCCAAUACCGUUUUCUUUAAGCUCUGACAUGCUGAUUCCAAUUCUGACCAUUUCUUAUUUUUGUUUUAUUUUCUAAGGACUAGAAUAUAAAAGAGGAAUAAAUGCCUCAGCUUCUUUGAGUUAUAGUUUUGAAUCCAACAUAAAAGGAAGAAAUGACAAGAGCUGUGUUUCAAAGCAAAUGUCCCCUAAUAUUUAUCAGAUUUAUCUAUUUAUUAUUAAACAAAAAAGUGAAUCAAAGUACAUGUUGUUGGUUGAUGCAUUAUAGACCGAAAAUGGUGGAAGUUCUUAAUUUAGAUGCAUUUAAUGAACAGAAAAUAAUCAGAUGUUUCAAUAUUUGACGCAUCGAUCACAGAUCAGCCAAUCGGUGGAAAAUUGUCCGAUUGGUGCAUCUCUACCCAAAACAAUGACUUUUUUGUGACCUUGUGUUAUAAACCUAAAGAGGCAUAUAUUUCUGGUUUGCAUUGUCUGACCUGCCGAUCAUUUCUCAUUUUUAUAAUCUUGUUAUUUAAGGACCAUAACACUUAGGAGUGAAACAAAACGGUACAAGUUCUUUGAUAGAUGUAGUUUUGAAUCCUGCUAAAAAAGCAGAAAUGACAUUAUUCCUAUUUAGGUUCCUGUGAUAUUUAAUAGGCCCACACUUGCCUCAAAGUAUGUGUUAUUAGUUGUUAGAGGGCAAAAUUGAUUGGGUAAUUGAUUGGUGCAUCUCUACCUGAAACGGCAAGUUCUUGUUAUCUUGUUAAGUCAUAAAAGUCUAAAUGGUGCCAAGGAGCGCUGUUGCUGCAUGUUAACCUGCACUAUGUGAGAGGUUUCAUUGUCUCCCAAAAUAUCACGAUUUAUGACCCUUUUGUAUGUCUGCCUAUGAAGUACGAAUCUCAAGUUAGAGCACCUAGUGGUUCCUAUCCAAAUGCUUUGGCGUAGUUACAAUGGAAGAUGUUUCAGAAAAGAGGUUGCAAAUGGCAAUCAGAAGAUCAGUUUUGGUUUAGCGGGAGCACAUUACACCCCCCCCCCCCCCACCCCCUCCACACCUGGCUCAGCUGAGGGGGUCCAAAUAACUUGUUGGUGGCUGUCAAAGCUUAUAACUAAAAGUUGUAAGCCUGAGGGGUUAUUUUGGAUGCACGCUUGCAGCUUUACUUAAGAUUUAUAAGCCCAAAUAUCUGCCUGGGGGCGAUUGAGGGCAAUCUGAUCUAAAUGUACAUAGUUGGGCUGCCACUUGGUAAAAAGACUGGCUCUGGAACCAGUUCAGUCGCAUCUCAUAGAUGUUCGAUAGCAGUUUUGUAAACUCUUGUCAGUAAACUCCAGAGAAACUGGCAACAAUCAGAUUAUUUCAGAUUUACCUCAUCUUUGAUUUAACUGAUUGCUCCCACCUUCCAAUUGACUGGAAACCAGCAAAACUUGACUGUCUUUUCUUUGACCAACUUAUUUCCGGGAUCCUCUUGUUUAAGCCUAAACAACACCUGUACGGGGGAGCAUCCACCUCAGCAUAUAAAACAACCCGGUGCCUUACACACUCCGCAUGCUUAUACGCUGGCCUGGUGCUUUGGAUCGCAGUUUUGGCUUUUCUUCAUCUUCUUCCAGUUUUGCGUCUCGGCCCCCUUGUGUGCUAGCGCACGACUUGUGGUGCUAAAAGGGUUUGCUGCAAACCCAGGGAGCAGAAUUCUUAACUCUUUUUCUGCUGCCUUCCUUUCUUCCCUAUAACUCCAAUGCCAUCCCUAUUUAGCCAUCCAGGUAUCGGCCUACAUGUAAACAUGGACGGGGGUGGUCACCUAGAUGCAGGAGGAUGCAGAGGAGCAGGCCUGUGUCUCGCUGAGCGAGGGCUAAUUGUGUAAAAUAGGAGCUUGAUGGAAAGCCCCCCCCCCUAACUUGAAACGCAAAUUUUCCAACAAAACAGUUGUGUGGCAGUCAAACAGGAAAGUGAGCAUAAUUCUUUUUUUUCUUUAUAUAAUUUAAAUGUAACUACCUUUUCAGCAUUAUUCCACUUUAUUUGCAAUGUUUUUGCCCAUAAAAGACAUAUAUCUAUUUUAUUUUUGUUUCCCUGUGCAACAUUUUAUCACUGUGUGCAAUAUCGUAUGUGCCAAUGAUGGCAAUAUAUGUAUAUCAAUUAAAUAUAUGAUUAUUAUUUGAAAAGUAUGUGACUGAAUUCCAUGUCUUUUUCUCAUGAAGGAGUCGUACGCCUUUAUUUGCACUCGAAGCUCAACCCUGGAGAUAAAAAAAUAAAUAAACUAGCGGAAACCAAGGUUCUUCGCAGCCUGUUGGGUCAAGUGGUGCAUAUAUGUGCUUAAACUUGAAACACUACAUCCUUGCUGGUAGUAUGCCCCUCUGUAAGAAAAGGGUCGAAUGGUUCCUGUGGGUUGAUGAAGGUAGACUUUAAACAUCCAAAUGGAGGUUUUGAUUUUUAUUUCUUGUUUUAAUUGAAAAAAGAAGAAAUCUCCAUUUUUAGCUUUAAGCUAAGAAAAGGUGCUUUAGUCCAAUCCUCAUUAAGAUAUAUGGUAAACUGUCUUCAGUGGUUGUUGUGUGUAGCACUUUGCUUUUCCCAGGUUAAUGAAACGCCUGACCAAUACUUGUUUAAACAUGAUCUCAACAAAGAAUGUCGUUUGUUCUCUCUCUCUCCUAUGUUGCCUCUUUUUUUGUUCAGAGGGUAUAUAUGAUUUGCGCAUUUGAUGCAUUAAAUAUAAUUUAUGUACAUUUGACAAAUUACAAAAGAAGAAGAAUACAUUUAUUUCUCCCACCGAGGGGGAAAAAUAUCUACAUUCAAAAUGUAUGUUUUUUGUGUUUUGUUUCCUGUGCAGGAGAGGUGGGGAGCAAGAAAAAGUUUAUUUUUGAUGUAGUGUUGUCUACAAUGUCUGAAUCUGCGUUUGCGUUGAUACUAAUUACGAAAGCUUAAUUUUACAGCCUCCAACAUGCAAACCUUUCAACUAUUUAAUGACUUGUGUCUUCUUGGAAAAUUUCAAAGUACUGUAUAUGUAAUAAAUGCCAGGCUGUAAAAUAAAGCAUUACUCUGUUCUCUAA